AUGCAUCCGGGGGCCAUGUACGAGACCCUGGUCGACCAGCCCCCCGGCCCGGUGGUGCGGAGCCCCCUCGCACCCCCCCUCCGCCUCCUGCUCCGGGCUUUCAAUAUCCUUCUGGCAGGGGCCUCCCUGGCCCUAUUACUCCUGGUCCUGCUAAUCAUCCUGCUCCCGCGACACAGCCUGCCCGCGCCAGGCCCCCUGCCCGAGGGCCAUGCGGCCUCGAGACUGGGCCUCCUGGGCGCUCAGGCGGCGCUCCGCUCCUGGCCGGCCUGGGCCGGGACUGGGCUUGCCUUGCUGGGCCUUACCACUGCGAUGGCCGGGCUGGCGGGGCUGGACCAGGACAAGCGGCGCUCCCUUUCCACCCACGUGGCCAUGCUCGUGGCGCUGGUGCUCCUCCAUGCCGGCGCCCUGAUCCUGCUCUUCGUCGCUACCGACUGGCGAGGCAGGCUGCCGGAGGACCCAGCAGGCCUCUGGCCAGCGGUGCUGCGGUACACCGCCCAACAUGCGACUCGUGUCAAGUAUUGCCUCAUCGCCAGCAUGCUGGCUCAUGUCGUGGCCGCGCUCUGCGGCAGCGCCUUGCUGUCCAUCUACCAGGUGGGGAGCAGGCUGGUCGGGUGGCAGGGCCAGAUGCAGAUGCUCGUGAAUGGGUGA